AUCCAAUUCUUGUUAUUCAACCUCUUAUUUUAGGGCAUCAAUGCCAUUUUCCCCGUCUUCACCUAAAACCCUUCAAAAUCCAUUCCUAGAAAACCAGUAAGAAUCACUCUCUGCGAUUCACAAACUCGAACCGAACACCAUGAAUUCCUUCGCCAACACCGCUAAUUUCGACAACCUUUUGCUUCAAACUCUCAUGGAGAGGCUCCAUAUUCGGCCCUCAAACAACAACCACAACAAUCCCCUUCUCUCCCAAUCCCUCGAAGAACUUCUCUUCGAUGCUGCCAAUCUCUCCGACGAUGACAACGAUGAAAACAAAACCCAGCUCGCUAAAGAGGAAUCGAAGCUCGAGAAAGAGAUUAUUCGCGUCAUUCUCGCCGGAAAUACCGAUUCUCUAAAACCCAAUUCCGGCCAGGCCGUCACCAUCGGCGAGCACCACAUAUGCGUGGCGUUUCACGAGGAGAAGGAUUCAGAUUUUCGAGUUUGGGAAUGGCACGGCCAUGUCAUGUUGUUUGAUGAAGAAGAUGGAUACUCGCCGGAGUAUAUAUAUGGGAAUUACUUUGAGAGGCUUCGGGGGAAGGUCAACCGUGAGUUGAAUAAACGGAAGGAGGAAGAAGAGGAGGAGGACGAGGAGGAAGAAGAAGAUGAUGAAAAAGAGGAGAAGGUGGGCAAAUUGGGUCUUCGGGAGCUGAUUGAUGGCGGUGAUUCGACUGCCGCUCGGAUUCUUCAUCGUAAUGUCAGCGCCAGUUCUCAAAGGAUAUGGCUGAUGAAGUAGAUGCUCCUCCUAGAAGCAUAAGUUGGGGACAUGGUUUAGUUUCUAGGAAAUUUAUGGUCACCCUGAAUGUAAGGCCAAAGAAAGCCUCUUUGGUGUACUUGCUUAUAAUUGUUUCUUAUGUGCUUUGAGAGUCCAUAUGUGAAGGUUAUAUUGUUGCUUGAUUGUGCUAGAAACUUGGAGUUCUUUUUUGGGUUUUCCCCCUCUUUUGGCUUCAGUUUGAAGGAAGAUUCAAUUCACUUUCGGGCUUGGACUCAUGCUAUUACCAUUAUUGCUAGAUCAAUUCACUUUCCCUCUGUUUAAACUAUAUCGAGACAGGGUCAAAUUCACAUCUGCAAAAACUUUGACUCACUUCCUCUGUCAUGAUGAUCAGUUUGCUGUUCUAACUUGAUGCCCGUAGACUUAUUCUAUUUCAUUAUACAUUUUAC